UCCUUCCUCCCUCCCCGAUUUAUUCGGCUCCCGACCCGGAGAGACGACCAUGGCGGAGCCUAAGUCUCGCCGGCCAUGGCGUCUCGGUGGCUGCGCUCGACGGAGCAGCGUGCAGCGGACCGAGUCCCGCGCACUCCUCCGCCGAGCGUCGUUACUCGCGGCGCACAAAAGGCGCAAAGCGGCGAUGGCAGGUUCGUUUGCACCGGCGGCGGAGCAUGUGGCUGACGACCACGUGGGAGGUGCUUCACACGUGCACGUCCGUAAGUGUGCCGCCGGCUACCUUCUUCUCGCGCGUCGUCCAGAGAUGACGGCGUCGCGACGAUGAUGCCCACGCACGGCGGCGGCUGUGCUGGAUCCCGACGCGGCGUCAUCAAGGCACAGCGUGGCCCAUGAUCUCCAGUGGCGAGGAUGAGCAACAGCAGUGGCGCCGCGGUGAUGUAAUUGUGGAGAGGCAGCCGCUCAUCCAGGAGCUUCGCCGGUGGCAGCAGGAAGCCGCCGGCACAGCCCUGCGGCGGCCGGCGGUGGAGAUGGCCUUCUGAUCCGCGUUAGCACCCUUUUAGGAUCGGUUGUUAGGAGUCGUGGUUUUUUGGUACGUGUGUGUCAGAGCCCUUGAUGGGUACGACUUCCUCCUUUUAUAUGUGGCGCUAGGUGGAUCAGGGACCAAAACCAAAAGUCGGUUAUGGGUGCAUCCGAUCAGACCACAAUCGUUAGAGGAGGAGACUUUGUCUCCCAUAUUUUUCUCUCGGUUAAAAACAAUAACCUGAGAUCAAUCCCAACACAGCUCUGGACCAAUGUGACGCCAUGCAGGAUGGUUGCUGUCGUGGUGCUCCUUAGGCUCGUAGUGGAGAGUAACUUAGAGCAUCUCCACUCGCCCCAUCCCCCUCCCAACAACCUUCAAGGCUCUUUUUUUUAUCGCUAGCGCUAAAAAAGCCUAGUUGCGCCCGUAGAAGCCCAUGUUUCGUCGCUUAGGGUCGAAUUUGGCGCCAGCGGGCCCAGGCCGAACCCGGGGUGCUCGGGGUGCCGGGGGAAACAAUUUUGGCACCAAAGCAUAGUGGACCCGCCAAGUCAGCGACCAGCCGCAUUUCGUCGUCCUCAUCGCCUCGUUUUCCCACGGGGAAUCAGUGCCAAGGCUGUCGCCGGUCAGCCUUCCAUUGAUUUCUCACGGGCGGCGCAGCGAAGACGUGCCGACGCGGGCCUCGCCACACGUACACAAGUGUGCCGCCCGCUCGCCGCCACCGGCCACUAUAAAAGCCGUCGCCUCCCGCGCCGGUGGACGCACACUCCUUCACCCACAGUCCCUCUCUCAUCGCCAACGCCCCCAACCUCGUCUCUCUCUCCCCGUCUAUAGUCGUCGCGUCUACGACCGCUGAUGGGAGAGCGAUUCCCCGGGGAUGGGGCGACGGCCAACGGAUUCGGCCGACGCCACCUGCACGAGUGGGAGGCUUACCUCCUCCACGAGGCGAACUACCCGACGCCGCCUGACAUGCGCGUACCGGGCUCGUGGAGGCUCAGCGCCGGAGGCAUCCCCAUCCCCCCUCUGUCGAGCGAUGACUGCCGCCCCACCGAGAUCGAGCGCGUUUGGGCAUCUCUGCUAGAGGAGGUGCGGGACCUCCCGAAGUAUGCCGCCAGCAACCACGCGUUCUGGACGGCGUACUUCCAACGCUGCCACGAGGAGCAGCUCGCCUCCACCAACAACGCGCCGGUGAGUGGUCGGUACAACACGGACGGGCGCCGCCUGUGGUGGGGCGCCCCCGGGCGCACACUCCACUCCAUCCUCGAGUACCUCGAGGGCGGCAACAAGCCGCGGCUCGAGUAACCGGCGGCCCCGGCCCCGGUCCCCCACCGGAGCGGCAGCUCUUGGCUGCCGAGGCACAUGGCGGGCGGGUCCUCUUUCUCCUCCUCCCGCUCUUACUCCCACUCCUCCGGGUCGCCGGCGCUCGCCAACGUCAAGGCCGAGCCCGUGGAGACGCCGCUCGGGUGGCGCACCCGCGGCGGCGCCCUUGUCAUCAACAAGGACGGUCGUGGCCCCUCUGCUCUCUCCUCCUGCCUCGUUAAACUGAAGAUCGAGACGGGGCUCAUCGCCGUAAAGAAGGAACACAAUGACAUGGCCGCUGAUGAAGAGACCGCCCUCAAGUGGGCGCGGGCGGACUACGUCCAGCUGGAGAUGGAGCGCGAGCGCCUCGCCCUCGAGGAGAUCGCCAGCUGGCGCCGCGGUUGUGACGAGAGUGGCGUCAUCGUCCUCGAGGAUAGCGACGAGGAGGCACCGCCGCCAACCAAACCCGUCCGCCAAGGCGACCUAGGGCAGGGUUGUAGCAAGGAUCGCGACGGCGUGAAGAACGAGUACGACGGUGGCGGCGGCGACUAACGAUGUCCUGAAAUAGGGGGUACUCACCACAUUGUCUCCCGAUCAAUUGGAU